UUAUAUUAUGUUUUAUGUCAUGUUCCUAACCUUAUUUGUGAAGGUAUUUUAAAAUGUACCUAUUCUUUUAGUUUGGAGUGUAUUGGAAUUUACUGAAGUAGAACAUGGAUUCAAUGGAAUUCUUUUUCAUAAGGAAUUGAAUUCAGUGCCGUAACUAUAAAUUUUAAUUGAAAAUGGUUAUUUUGUGUGCAAAAAGAUUAUUUUGCAGAGGAUACAACAUACAUAAUGGUUUACAUGUUUUGAGAAGAAUUUCGUCAUCUAAGGUACCAGAAGCAGUAUUUAUAGAAAACUCUAUGGAAGAACCUGUAAUUGUAAUGAGAGAAGAAGAUGAUAUAGAUUUAAUAGGGCCUGCAGAUCCUAUUUCUAAUCUCAGACCCAUUAUAAGGAAACAUUUAGCCAAUGAAACUAUUUUGCAAAGAAGAUUACGCAAUCUUCAAAAUGAAACACAGGAAUGGAAUCACUUAUUUUGGACUGAGCAUAAUGAACGGUUCAAAAAGGAGCAACAAACAUAUAUUGAUUUAUUUUUGAAAGGACAAAUAAAAAGACAACUUACAGCAGAUGAGAUGAGUGAAUUCUAUAAAAAAUUUUUGGACGAAAAUUUAAGUUCACACAUGAAGUAUAAUCGUGAAUGGUACAAACGCAACUUUACAUUACUAAUACUGUCUUUGCUAGUUAAUCUAGAAAAAAGUAUACACACAAUUAAAAAGUUAUGACAGAUACCAGUGAUUGGAUCAUAUCUGUGAAGGCAUAACCUAAACUAGUGUUCCUGAUGGGAUUCGUCCAGAAAACUUGUACAUAAUUUAUCAUUUGUGGAUUUGAGCAUCCCACAGUAUUUCAAGUUAUAUUUAUUGUUGUAAUAUAUAUUUUGUUCUUGA